AUGUUAGGUAUAGAAGGUAAUGAUCCAAUACACAGUAUAAUAUCACUUAAACACGAAGUCGAGCAUAAUGGUUCUAUUUAUAACAUAGGGUGUGAUCCAUUCUACGUUCAUUAUUGGUUACCUAUACAAGAACACAUUAUUCAAUCAAAACAGUAUAACAAGUGGAAAACUAUAUGCGUAGAUGCUACAGGCUCCUUGGUAUUGCCGAUUAUAAGAACAAAAAAUAAAAUACAAUCGGCACAUAUAUUUUUGUAUCAAAUUAUUACAGUAGUAGAUGGUAAAACUAUACCAAUAAGCCAACAGUUGUCAGAAAAACAAGACAUGUUAACAAUAUAUUACUGGAUGGCAAAUUGGAUGAAUACAGGAGUUACGCUACCAGACGAGUGUGUAAGUGAUUAUUCCAAAGCACUACUCGGUGCAAUUACUAGAAUAUUUUGUAAUCGAAGAUCACUACAAGAUUAUAUAAAUACUUGUUUCAUUUAUUUAACUGGUGAUGAAAAUCAACUUCCUGAAUGUUACGUUCGAAUUGAUGUGGCACAUAUGGUACACAUUGUCUGCCGUUGGAAAUGUUUGUCUUUACGGAAACCAGUAAAAGAUUUUUACGUACGUACUAUAGGACUUCUUAUCAAAUUAAAUAACAUCGAUGACUUCAAAAAAACGUUGGAAAUUAUAAUUGUUAUUGCAUGUUCCGAGACUGAUGGAGAUAAUGUAAAUAAAUUAUCUACCCCAUCGGAAAACGCUCGAAAACAUUUAAUUAAUUAUAUAUCACACGGCGACAUCAAAAUGACGUCAGAGGAAUUUAAUGAUAAUUCGUAUAGGUAA